UCUCUCUCUUUAUUUUUGAACAAAAAAAAAUAACAUUCGAUAAUUGAGCGACGCGAUUAUUAAAAUACGAAAUGUUAACUGUCGUCACAUGUCGGAAAAUUUCGUGAUGUAGGCAUUCGAUCAAUCGUAGUGAUAUACAAGAACAAAACUCCUGCUCGUGGUUAUUAAACUUCGACGAAGAGUUAUCAUUGUUAUAUUAUUGUUCGAACGAGACGCGAUUAUAAUCUUUAUUUUGUUUAUUUGUUUUUUUUUUUUUUUUUACAUCAACGAUUCGAUGAAUAUAUGUAUAUAUAUAUUGGAUAAUAUUCCGCUGUGAUUUAUGCGAUCUUAAUUAUUUUUUUCGUGAAUGUACAUCAACUACAACUACACCUGAGGAUCCAAGCUUGCCAACAAACAUUCACGCAACCCUAAAAAUCAUCCAUCGAUCAUGUCUGUACUACUGGAAGCUAGGCCUUACAGGCCCUUCAAAUCUUCAGAGGAGUAUUUGGUCGCAAUGAAGGAAGACUUGGCUGAAUGGUUGAAUGCACUUUAUCCAGAACUAAGAAUCAAUGUUGACAAUUUUAUGGAUCGUCUUGACACUGGCGUGGCAUUAUGCAAACACGCAAACAAUGUGAGAAAAUCAGCAGCCGAAUACGUGGCACGAAGACAAGCGAGAAAAAUUAGUAUGACACGUUCAAUAACGUCAUCAUUGGCAUUACCAAUGUCUCAAUUAAGCGACGUAGCAUUUCUGCCAAAUGCAAAAGCCGGAACAUUUUUUGCACGGGACAACGUAUCGAAUUUUAUCGGUUGGUGCCGUAACAGUCUUGGUAUCAUCGAGUGUUUGUUAUUUGAAACGGAUGAUCUGAUAAUGCGUAAAAACGAGAGACACGUUAUAUUGUGUUUAUUGGAAGUAGCGAGACGUGGGGCAAAAUUUGGCAUGUUGGCACCAAUGUUGGUACAAAUGGAAAGACAAAUUGAUCGUGAAAUCGCUGCUGAGAAUAAAGCUGCCAAUGGUACCCAAACUAAUGGUCAUUCGAACGAGGACAGUGAUGACGAGUAUGCUGAUAUGCAUCAGGAAGAACCUUGUCUUAUUUACGGUCCACAACCACAGAUUGUUACCAAUGAUCUCAAAAGUCUCGAUGAGAUGGUACGAGAUUUAGUCGAAAGAUGCACCUGUCCAACACAAUUCCCAAUGAUUCGUGUAUCAGAAGGAAAAUAUCGUAUUGGUGAUACUAAAGUACUCAUUUUCGUUCGUAUUCUACGUAGUCACGUGAUGGUUCGUGUUGGUGGUGGUUGGGACACUCUCAGUCAUUAUUUGGACAAACAUGAUCCAUGUCGAUGCAGAACUUCACAUCGUUCGAUGAUUUCCGCAAAGCUGAUACAAAAGGCAGGAGGUUCGUUCGAUCUUGGAAGCGCGCAGGUGCAUUACGAAAGAUCACCUCCAAGGACUCGAAGAAGUUCCGCGUCGAGCGUUGGUUCUUGCGCUGGCACAACAUUGCAGAAUCAGCAAUCAGCAGCAGCAGCAGCAACAUCAGCACCAACAUCAACAGCAACUGCAACUACUGCAACUGCGGCAGGAACUCUCGGACAGCUGCACGCGCCCAGAAGCGUUUCCAACAAUCGUUCGAGAUCGCCCACACCUCAGCAAACCAACAAACACCAACAUUACUAUCAUCACCAUCAACAACAACAACAACAACAACAGCAUCACCAUCAUCAUCAUCAUCAACAACUAGGAGAAGAUCAACAGAAAAAGAUUAAUCGUUCGAGGAGUCCAACACCCCAGAGAAAAUUCUUUAACAGUCCGACUCAUCAUCAACAAGUUACUACGACCACUCCUGAAUACUCUGGGAAACAAAGAUCGAGGUCACCCACGCCCAAAGUAACCUUGGGAUCUAGAAGUCCAACACCCAAGGUAGAUUCCCAUCAACACGUCAAAAUACCACCAUACAGUGUCGUCGAUUCACCCAAAAAGAUUUUCAACGAUGAUUAUCGUACCUCUGUUCAUCAAUUUCAGACCAAACAUUCAUCGCAGGAUCCGAAGAGAGAGUUGCACCAGGAGAUCAAAGCAAAAGUGCCGCUUUCGGAGGAGUUCGCUAAGAGAUACGUGGUUGAUGGUGGAGUAGCACGAAGGGCUGUUGAAAAGGACGACACACCGAAAUACGAGGCUACGAUUUACAAUUACAAGUGCCGAGAGGAUUCGAACAGUCGCAGUCCAACUCCAAGUCCACCCGCAAUUAAAGAAGAACCAGCAUUGGAAAGUUUUACAAAGGACAAUAAUACUAACAACAAUUCAACGAUCACCACUACUACCACAAAUACAACCACCACUUCAUCGAAUGUACAUUACGCUAAAUCUCUUCACGGUGAUGGGGAACAUUCGGACAAUUGCAGCGAAGUAUCUGACGAGGGUUAUCGAAGUCUUGGUGCCGUUCAACCACCACCACCACCACCACCACCAACAACAACAACAACAACAACCACAGCCAAUGGAAAUUCUGCUCCAAAUGCUCAAUCAUCGUCACCUACGGUUGCCGAUUCUCAAAAGCAACCCACAAAAAUGGAGCACGAGGAGAGAUCAUGUGUAGAAACGGAAAGUAUUGAAACAGGAUUAAGAAAGAUAAGGAUAGGACCAGGUAGUCCACUGAGAGCAUCACCAGCGAGAAGUGUGGCAUCAUCUUCGGGUGAUCGUACACCCAGAGCUGGUUCGGUUAUACGUGAGAACAGUAACGUGUCACGAACAUCUUCGGGUAGUAGAACACCACGAGAAAGUAAUUCGAGUCCUGAAGGAAGUCCUUUGAAACGUACGACUAUUCGUAACAGUUUACGAAAACCACCGACUGGUAGUCUGAGUAAAGCUUCGGCGUUACCGAAGUCCAGUCAGCUUAGCACCAGCGGUAGCAACACGUGGAACGGUCGACAGGCUAGACAGAGGCCUAGUUUGCAAUCCGAUACCUUUUUGAAUCCACAAGGAUCAGCAACUUGUGCUACCACGCCAAGUUUUUCCAGGAAAAGUACAGUCAGACAAAGUUUACCGAGGCCAGCUAGCAACGGGGGUGGAGUACAAUACGACAGAAACGGUCGUAGAAUCAAACAAUCGACGACAACCCAAGGAGGAGGUUGUUCCCUUCAAUCCUCACCGACCAAGGUGGCCAAUCCAUUGUUGGAACAGAUUCUACAAAAAGUUGGACACUUGAGGGAUGAUCGAGAAGUAGUACAAAAACUUCAGGAUCUUUUGAGGGAUUAUCAAGUGAACAGUCACAGUGAGAACGAUCCAACCCUUGAAUUUACCAGAGCAUGGAUCGAUGGAAAUGGUACCGUAGUUCUUCCUCAGGACAGUCAAAUAGUUGCCAGUCCAAGAAAGGAUCCCAAAGCUGCUUCGGAAAGGGGUGGCUUUUCGAGGAUACCAGCACCCAUUUACAAAAGGCCUAUGUCUGUCGCUUCUGACAGCGUCUGAAAAUGGUCCUCGAUCCUACGAUCGAACGAUCAUCUAUCAUCGAUUGGAAAAUCAUUUUCAAAAUCGAUUAGGUGAUCCACUUCCUUUUUGUUUUUGUUUUGUUUUAUUUUCUCAAGUUUUCUCGAACUUUCAACGAUGAAUUCGUGGGAAGAAAUUUAACGAGGUUCAUUUAUUGUCUUGUUAAAUUCUUUCUUCAUGAUAUUUCGAUGACGUUGAUGAUGAUGAUGAUGAUGAUGAUGAUGAUGAUGGUGCUUGGACGAUGGUGCUGUAAGUUUUCGACGUCUCGUUUGUCGAACGAACUGACGAGUUUUCGAUAAAAGAAAAUGAGAUAGGGAGUGAAUGGCAAAUUAAAAAGAAAGAAACAAACAAACAAAUUAAUAAUAAAUGAAUAAACAAUUGCGUUGAUCUUACGUUCUUCGAUAGCUUCCAACCGAUCGUAUUCGUCUUUAUGGGACGACAAUUUUUGUUCUUUUCCUUUUCAACUAAACGAACUCUCGAAAAUAAAAAUAUACCCGAAGUUCAUUAUUUUCAUUCGAUAAAUUCGAUUGACAAAAAUCGAGCUAUUAAAAUAGAAGCAAACAGGUGUUAAGGUGUACAAAAAGAAAAAAAUUCAAAUCAAAUGGUGUAGAAGAAAAAGUAGGCUCGUUUAGUCAAAAAAGGAAAGGAAAGGAAAGAAGAAGAAGAAGAAGAAGAAGAAGUCGUCUCAUUCGCAUGGGUUUCCAUGGGUCGGUCGACAACGACGACGGCGGCGGCGGCGGCGGCUACUCGACCCUUCAAGGUCGAUCGAAAAACGAGGUGUCGCGCGUCACGGUGCUUUUUUUAGAUUAGUAUAACCACGAUCAACGACGAAUUCACCUCUUGGCUUCUUCUUCCCUUUCCCUUUUUUCCUUUAACCGAUUAAUAAAACUCUUCUUUGUCUACCACUACCAUCAUCCCAACCAACCAACCAACCAACCAACCAACCAACCAACCCACGCUUUCAAUUA